AUGGCUUUUCUCCCAACGAAACGUUUGAUUGCUAUCAUUACAGGUGCAAGUUCUGGAAUUGGUAAAGCCACGGCAGAGUAUUUUGCUGAGAAAGGCUACAAUUUAUCACUGAAUGGUCGAAAUGGAAAGGCGCUCGAAACAACGGUUAACAAUUGUAUUACGAAAGGCUUGAGCAAAGAUUCGAUCCUGACUACUGUGGGGGAUUUAAUGGAUGAAAAAGUUACAACCGCUUUGAUCGAGCGUACAGUGGAAAAGUUUGGACGAACUGACUCGCUGAUUAAUGCUGCGGGAGUUCUAGUUAACGGAAAAGUAAUGGACUGCUCUAUGGAAGAUUACGAUUAUCUGAUGAAUAUAAAUCUUCGAAGUAUUGUUCAAUUAACGCAGAAAGCCAUACCUUAUCUUAUCAAAACGAAAGGUUCAAUCGUGAAUGUAAGCAGUAUCAAUGGUCCAUGUUCCUUCAGUGGUGUAACAUUUUAUUGCAUGUCAAAAGCAGGACUGGAUCAAUUCACGAAAUGCCUAGCACUUGAGUUGGGUCCUGAAGGAGUCAGGGUUAAUUCUGUAAAUCCUGGUGUGAUCACCACUGAUAUACAUAAAAGAUCCGGCAUGAAUGAUAAAGAAUAUCAUGAGUUUCUUGAUCGAACGGCUAAAUUUGCCGCACUCGGUAAAACUGGAAGAACUGCAGAUGUUGCUAGAGCUAUUUAUUUCCUAGCAAGCGAUGAGUCGUCAUUUAUUACUGGUGAUUUGCUUAGAAUUGAUGGUGGACGAGGCAUUAUGCAUUUAAGAUAA